AUGACCAAACUGAGAGUCGCAAUCCUGAUUGUCUCGGACACUGCCUCGAAAGACCCCGCUUCUGACAAGGUCUUCGAUGCACUUAGACCGAUCUUGUCCGAAGGGUGGGAACCCCCCGCAUUCAAGAUCGUCCCGGACGACGUGUUCCAGAUUCAACAAUCAAUAUACGACUGGGCCGAUAGCCCUAAUUGGUAUAAUCUCAUUCUUCUUAGUGGAGGAACGGGAUUUUCUGUCAAGGACAACACUCCAGAGCUAACCAAGACUUCAAGACACGGCAUGAUUGCUGCCUCGUUGAAGGUAACCCCCUUUGCUAUGAUGGCCAGACCAGUUGCUGGUGUACGAAAUAAGACUUUGAUCAUUACAUUACCCGGUUCACCCAAAGGAGCUAUGGAGAACCUCGAUGCCGUUGUUAAGCUUCUCCCACAUGCCUGUCUACAGUCUGCCGGGGCCAAUUCACGGGAACUCCAUGCUGGAGGUGUGAAGAAGCUCGAAUCAGACGCUGGAGUUGAUGACCAUCAACAUAAUCACCACCAUCACCACCACCAUCAUGGCCAUGACCAUGGACAUGGACACAAGACCCCAAAGGCGCAUACGUCGCCAUCAGAGAGACCACAGUCCAACGACCCAAGUGCCGGCCCUAACCGGCGCUAUCGCUCCUCACCAUACCCCAUGCUCUCUGUAGAUGAAGCGCUUCGGCGGAUCAAUGAGCACACUCCCGACCCAGAAGUCGUGGAGGUCCCAGUGACUACGUCCUUAAUUGGAUCGGUGAUCGCCGAAGAUGUCUACGCUGCAGAGGCCGUGCCAGCAUAUCGAGCUAGUAUCGUCGAUGGCUACGCUGUUAUUGCACCAGACUCUAGCGCCGCCGGCCAAUCCACGAAAGGCAUCUUCCCCGUAGCGUCCGUUACCCAUGCCAAUUUCGGUGGGAAUCUAGAGCCAUUGCAACCAGGGACCAUCGCUAGAAUUACUACUGGCGCCCCUCUUCCCCCAAACGCAAAUGCCGUAGUCAUGGUCGAGGAUACGAUACUGGACUCAUGCACACCUGACGGAAAGGAAGAAGCGACAGUCGAAAUUCUUGCCGAAGAUAUUGAGCCCGGUGAGAAUGUGCGCGAGCCUGGCAGUGAUGUUAUGCUAGGCUCCAAAAUCGUCGCCCGCGGGGAUUUCAUUUCUCCCGUCGGUGGAGAAAUUGGUUUACUGGCAUCAACCGGCACCAAAACAGUCAAAGUCUUCCGGAAACCACGCGUAGGCGUUUUGAGUACCGGCGAUGAGCUCGUCGAGCACAGUGACCCGCGAACUCUUACAGGAGGUCAAAUUCGCGAUUCCAACCGCCCAUCUCUUCUUUCAUGCCUCAAUUCAUGGGGUUUCGAAACCGUCGACCUCGGCAUCGCUCGUGAUACACCUGCCAGCGAGCUCGAAAAUGCCCUCCGCGACUCUCUACGCGGCGUGGGCCGAGCCUCCACCAGCGUCGACGUAAUAAUCACAACUGGUGGUGUCUCAAUGGGCGAACUAGACCUCCUCAAGCCCACAAUCGAGCGCUCCCUCGGCGGCACCAUCCACUUUGGCCGUGUCGCCAUGAAACCAGGCAAACCAACCACCUUCGCAACCGUCCCUUUCAAACCAACCGGCGACGCCACAUCCUCCCAGCAGGAGCGCCAAUCAAAACUCAUAUUCUCGCUCCCUGGUAACCCGGCCUCCGCCCUUGUCACACUAAACCUGUUUGUUCUUCCCUCGUUGCACAAGCUCACUGGCUUGGGCCACAGCUCCCAAGCACUUAGCUCUAAGCCUUGGCUCGCGCCACAACUUGGUCUCCCACGUGUCGCUGUCGUUCUGACGCAUCACUUCCCGCUUGAUCCUAAGCGCACGGAGUACCAUCGUGCUGUGGUUACAGCAUCGCGCUCGGAUGGUCGGUUAUACGCGACAAGCACGGGAGUGGAGGGCGCCGGACAACGAUCUUCGAAGGUCGGCAGUUUGGCCAAAGCGAAUGCUUUGGUCGUGCUGCGGGCUGGACGGGGCGUAGGUAUUAAAGGUGAGAUCGUGGAGGCUUUGCUGAUGGGGGAUGUUCAUGGUUCGGACACUCGGGUCAUUUGCUAG